UCAUCAUGGUGCCAAAAAAAGCCAGCGCGCCCCAUCUAUUUAACAGCCCCCAAUUCCACUCCUGUCGAACACAAUCACCACAUAAACCAUCUCAAUUAAGCAACAAACAACCGACGACAUCCAAAUCAAGAAACAAAGAAAGAUGAGGACCUCAUCUAGCAGCUUGAUCUUCCUCCACAUCGCCGUCGCCGGGGCCAUGAUCUCCGGCGCCACAGGCUGCGGAGAGCCAUUCAAGCAAGAACCCGGGAUCUCGGAGCAUCAUCUCUACGUGGGCUCAUGGGAGCCGAUCCUGAACCUGAAUGACCCAAGCAUCCGGGAGCUGGGCAGCUGGGCUGUGGCCCAGUACGGGAUGCAUGCCAACUGCAGGCUCAAGUUCAACAAGGUUGUCAGCGGCAGGAAGCAGCUGGUGCCGGUGGCUGGGGUCACCUACGAGCUCUUCAUCGACGCCUCGCCGGAGCUGGCUGCGGCGGGAGGAGGAAGUUCGACGGGUUUGUACAAGGCCGUGGUUCAUGAGAAGGCCGGGGCUAACAGCCGCAAGCUUGUCUCCUUUGCCAAGGCCAAGUUGUAGUAGUAGUGAUAUAUGAUCAUUGUGUUAUGGAAGAAGGGGUUUAAUAAUCAAAUAAAUGAAUGAAUUAAUUUGUCCUCUCUUAUUGUCUCGUGUGUUUUGUGGA